CUGUUUUUAGGCAGAAGGGAGGCCUCUCAGAUUACCGGUCAAUGCGAGAAGUAUAUAAUGUCCAGUAUUGGCGGCGUCUUUAAUCUUACUCAUUAUUGUCCACCUGGUCUUUCAUAACCAAAUAGAAUUGGCUCCAUACCUUUUUUUUUCUUCUCUUACCCUUGUAAGAAUUAACUUCUUAAGCAAGAUGGCCGAAAUCAACAACGGUCACGAUAGUGAUGAAACCCCUUAUGAGACAAAUCAAACGUCCGCUACAUCUACUAAAAGUGACGAUGAAGUUGAACUGCUCACAGGAAGCGUAUGUGAAAUCAAGAGCUUGGUCGAGAAGCCUAAGGGUGGCGAGAUGGAGGUUAUCGAGAAGGACAAGUACGACUCAACCUUGGAAAAAAAACCAUUUGAGCAAUACGCGCUUGUUACAAAACGGAUUCUUGAUGAAGAGGGAAAAUUAAAAAUAAGGACACUACAAAUAAAUUCUCCUCAGCUUCUGAAUGCUUUAAAGGACGUGGUCGAGUAUUACCCGUCUGAGUCGCUGGACUUCACCAACCAGGUUUCGUACGACAGCCCAUAUGAACUGCUAUACCAUCAUCGCAGUCAAUUAGAAUCUUACAAAGAGAAUCAGAAUGAUGAGAUGACGAGCGAGCAUAUCGAUCUCCUUCUACAUUUUCUAGCAAGCGAGGCAGGCGACAAGGGCAAGGACGCCGAGAAAGCCCUGGCAUCUGGAUUGGUCACUUUUGAAAAUGCCUGGAUGGCCUAUAAACCCGGAGAACUAAUAUUCACGAGCUCUUAUGGUCAAGACAGGUUGUAUAUUCUGAACCAGACAGGAUACCACAAAGACAACUGUCGUGGAAGAUAUUUUCAACUGUCAUGCAAUUUCAGUUCCUGUGAUGGCGAGAAUGUUGGCACAGCUCAGACUAACCUUGUUAUUUGGGAGAAAGACGACUUCGUGGGAAAGACGGCCUCGAAAAUCACCAGCUUAAGUGCGAUACCACUAAAAUACUUAGACGAGGAUCAACAAGAACUUAUCAAGGCGAAACUCACCGAACGCGGUAAGCGGUAUCUUGAAAUUCGCGGUGUUAAAAGUUGGGAAUACGACGGACUGUAUCUGUACCUGAAAACCCCCCCUUACGACUUCUACGACGAGCGUUCAAAUUACGAUGGCAAGUGGCUUCCUCGCACCUGCACUGAGCGAGUCGUACUGGACCCUAAAACUUUUAUCGAAGAGAUGCGUGACCAGAAAGAUGUUAGCGCUGCUAUGGGAACUUCAGAUUGCUGCCGCCUCUCAAACUGUGAUAGCAACCAAUAUCAGUCGCUUGAAGCGGAUCCCAUGCUAUGUCCUCCUUACGUGUAUGGUUUCUCGCUUGAGUCGAAGGAAUGGUGCAAAUAUUUUGUGGACAAUUUGUCACCUGUAGUCUGGCAAGAGAAUGCGAUGGAUGCUUUGAUACUCCCGAAUGCUCAGCGGAGACUAAUCCGUUCGCUGGUCACGUCGCAUCGGUAUCCUGAUCACGCCCGUGACGAGGCAUCACUCAAAGGCAAAGGCUUGAUCAUGCUCCUUCAUGGUACUCCAGGCUCGGGCAAAACGUUGACAGCAGAGCUUACCGCGGAGCAGACCAAGCGUCCUCUUUUGAAACUCUCUACUGGCGAGCUUGGAUCUUGGGAAGAACGUUUGAGCCACGAGCUCAAGAAACUACUCACUUAUGCCAGCAUAUGGAAAGCUGUGGUAUUGAUUGAUGAGGCCGAUGUUUUUCUUGAAGCACGUAGAUCUGGCUCUGACAGCGCGUUCAACUCGAACAACAUGGUAGCUAUCUUUCUUAAGCAGCUUGAAUAUUUUCAGGGCAUUUUGUUCCUGACCUCAAACCGGGUCGGCGUAUUCGACCAGGCAAUUCGUUCACGCUUGCACCUUGCUAUGCAGUACCACGCACCAGAUGAAUCACGUCGAGCACUGCUUUGGAGGCAAAAGUUGAGUCAACUGCAGGAAGUGGAUAUAAGCUUCGAUAUGGAGGACGCGAUCAAAACAUUAAGCAAGCCGGCUAUGAAUGGCAGAGAAAUAAACAAUGCUGUCAAUACAGCAAAGACACUUGCAACCGCGGAGAACAACGGAAAGAUGCGACUUGAAGAUUUAGAUACUGUGGUCCAAGUAUGGCAAGAGUUUCAGAGCUCCAUGGAGCAGUUAGAUGUAUAGACUGGGAGUGCUUUUCUCAAGCUAGCCUAAACUUUGGAGCUACAAAUGCAAGUCACGUAGAAGAUUCUCAAAUUGAAUCUUUUGAUUGAAAA